AUGGCAGAUGUGAGAGUGGUUUCUUCAAGCAUCGUUCGACCCGGUAACAUCGACCAAUCGGGUCAGACAAAGAUCCAUCUAACCCCAUGUGAUCUUAACCUUCUUUACCUCGAUUAUCCUCAAAGAGGUCUUCUCUUCCACAACCCCGAACCGAAAACAAGUUUCAUCUCUCGAUUAAAGACCUCUCUCUCUACUGUUCUUGAGAUCUACUUUCCUUUGGCCGGUCGUCUUGUCAAAGUGGACAAUCAUGAAGACAGUACGGUGUCGUUUUACAUCGACUGCGACGGCGGCUCCGGUGUCAAAUUCGUCCACGCCAUAGCCGAAUCUGUCUCUGUAAGCGAUCUUCUUCAACCUGAUGGCUCUGUUCCCGAACUUUUCAGGCUUUUCUUCCCUAUGAACAGUGUUAGGAGCAUCGACGGCGUCUCGGAACCCUUGCUUGCUAUACAAGCCACCGAGAUGAAAGAUGUAGUCUUUAUUAGUUUCGGCUACAACCACUUGGUCGCCGAUGGUUCUUCCAUGUGGAAGUUCUUCCAAGAUUGGUCAACGAUUUGCUCCAAUGGUCAAACGGAGAAGACUCUUCAGCCUCUUGUACUCAGAGGAUGGUUCCUCGACGGGAUCGAUUUCCCGAUCCGUAUUCCAGCUUCGGAGAUACAAACAGAGCCGGCGAGGAGACGUGAAAGUUCGUGGACGAAAGAGAGAGUCUUUCACUUCACAAAGAAGAACAUUUCAGAUCUCAAAGCUAAAGCCAACGGCGAAGUUGGCUCGAGUGAGCUGAAGAUAUCGUCUCUUCAAGCUGUUCUGGCGCAUCUGUGGAGAUCAGUCGCAAAACACAGUGGGCUAAACAGAGAAGAAGAGACACGUUGCAUGAUAGCUGCGGAUUUUAGGCAGAGGCUAAAACCUCCGCUUGAGAAAGAGUGUUUUGGGAAUGUGAACCAGACCGGUAUAGCUACGGUCACGGUUGGGGAGCUUCUGGAUCAUGGGUUAGGUUGGGCUGCUUUGCAACUAAAUAAAAUUGUGAGGUCUCAAACGGAUGAAAACUAUAAGAGUUAUUCAGAGAAUUGGGUUAGAAAUGGUAAGAUCCCAAGAAUUGAUGUUAGAGAUAGGAUUGGUGAUAAGUCUUUGAUUGUCUCAAGCUCUCCUUGGUUCCAAGUGUACGACAAUGAUUUCGGUUUGGGUAAACCGGUGGCUGUUCGAGCUGGACCGGCAAAUGGUAUUGGUUGCAAGGUUGUGGUUUUUCGAGGGGUGGAAGAAGGAAGUAUUGAUGUAAAUGUGAUGUCGACCGAAUUGUUGAGGUCUGAUGCAUUAAUGAACUUGUUGGAUGAUGUUUAA